AUGUUUUGUCCUUUUUGUGGCACAAAUCUUCGGUUAAGAACAGCAUAUUGCCAUAACUGCAGCCGCUCUCUAAGUGUAUUGACAAGCGUUUUAGAAAAUGAUUCAGGUGUUGUGAAUACCACAGACGUGUCUGAUUUAAUAUAUGAAUAUUUUCGAAAAGGUCACAAGUACGAUGUGAUUUUAGAUUUCCUCAAGACGCAUCAUGGAUUCAGCAUAAGUCUCCGGACUCUGAAAACAAAAUUAAGACUGCUUGGUCUUUCGAAGCGAGGCAAUUUCACUUCUUUACAGGUAGUCCGUUCCACGAUUCAAAGGGAACUACGUGGACCUGGACAGCUGUUUGGUUAUCGGACAAUGUUUCAGAUUUUAAAACAAAAGUAUCAGUUGCGAGCUAGAAGAAGUGAUGUAAUGAAGCUUAUGUCAGAAAUGAAUCCCUGUGGAACUCGAGCAAGGAGGAUCCGAAGGUUUUUCCGAAGAAGUUAUCAUUCUUUGGGGCCUAAUUAUGUUUGGCACGUAGAUGGCAAUGAUAAGUUAAAACCAUACGGUUUUGCUAUUAGCGGGUGCAUUGAUGGAUUCUCGAGAAAAAUAUUAUGGUUGACAUGUGGCCCAACUAAUAAUAAUCCAGCAGUAGUGGCAUCUAACUAUAUGAAGCUCAUUUAUGACCUUCGAGUUGUUCCGAUGCGAUUGAGAACAGAUUGUGGAACAGAAAAUGGAAUAAUGGCAGCAAUGCAAUGUGCUCUGAGGUCGCAUCACAGUGACCGUUUUUCAGGAGAAGCAAGUCAUAUUUAUGGGACAUCUACAUCCAAUCAAAGAAUUGAAUCCUGGUGGGCACAGUACAGAAAACAACGUUCACAGUUCUGGAUGGACCUUUUCGAAGAUCUGAAAGACUUGGGCCAUUUCAACGGCAGUCAUGAACACAAAUGUUUGCUACGCUUCUGUUUCAGUGAUAUCCUGCAGAAAGACCUAGAGGAAUGCAAGCAACUAUGGAACCAGCAUAGAAUCAGACCUUCCAGAAUGUCUACGUGCCCCCCAGGAAUUCCCAACGAAUUGUUCAGUUUGCCUCACAGGUUUUGGUCAAGGGAUUGUGGUUUUCACGUUGCACAGCAGCAGCUUCAGGACCUGAGGGACCAAUGUGAAACUGUUGGUCUUUGUGGAGAUGAAGAUAUACAAGAUUACCUCACAUAUGUGAAAGAACAAUAUGACCUUCAAACACCACAAGUCUGGGAAGAUGCCCUUGAUUUAUUCUUUAAAUUGAAGGAAAAGACAAAUGUUUGA